UAACAAUCACCUGAGACUGUCCUGGAAGCCCUGGGAAGGCAGGUGCCUGAUGUGCAGUGUCCCCCUCCAGGGAGGCUGUGGGUGCCCAGCUCCAGGUCUGGGAAGUGCACCUUGUGGCUCUGAAAUAUGCACCUGAGACCGGUAGCUGCAGCCCCUCAGACUCGGUCACUGGUGGGUGGGAGGGCUGAGGCGGGGCCUCCAAACCCUCGGUCUCCCUUGGAGUCUUCCUGUCCAGUGUCCACCCUGUGCCCAAGGCUGGCCCUGCGCAGUCGCUGAGGGCCAGGACCCAGCAUAGGUUUCCAGGUGGGGAGACUCCUUGUAUGACGAUUUAGACCCCAACACUCCUGGUGGUAAGUUCCCCGAAACGGCCCCAUUGUGGAUGGGUCUGCCCUCCCGUGACAAAUCUCCCAAGUGGCUUUCUCAGGCCAGCACGGGCUCAGGGCUGCUGCCCGGGCUGGGGGAGCAGGCGCUGGGGGCCUGCUGCUUUCUUCAGAGGAUCUUGCAACUAAGCUGCGGCUGAUGUGGGAAGUUCAUCCCAGGCUGAGACAUAUCCUCGGCCCUCGCCCCACGGGAGGAAGAGGCAUGGCCCAGCGAGGGGCAGUGUCCACUGGCCGGUGCCCAGCCCCUGAUCUCAACACGGUGUGAGCCCUUCCCCUGUACCCUGUGCCCUCUCCCCACCACGACUCAGCACAGCGGGAGUGGCUCAGGCAGGGCUUGUGGCCCAAUCCCCAAGGCCUGCCCCCCCCAACUUGCACCCUGCCGCCUCCCAUCUGCCCUGUGGGCUGCUUAUCGGGUAACCAGAGCUGGGAGCUGCGUCCACGCCUGAAACAGGAAGCCCGGGCCUGUGCGUGAGCCCUGAGAGCCUGCGGGUGGCUGGGCAGGAGGAUGGAGGAGCAGCGGGCGCUCGUGGCCGCCAAGGACGGGGACCUGGCCACCUUGGAGCAGCUGCUGGAGGCUGGCGCCCUGGGCCCAGGCAUCGUCGACGCCCUGGGGGCUGGCCUGGUGCACCACGCCACCCGGGCCGGCCACCUGGCCUGUGUCAAGUUCCUGGUGCAGCGGGCCAAACUGCCCGGCAACCAGCGGGCCCACAACGGGGCCACCCCGGUACACGACGCAGCUGCCACCGGCAGCCUGGCGGAGCUGUGCUGGCUGGUGCGUGAAGGGGGCUGCGGUCUGCAGGACCAAGAUGACUCGGGUGUCUCCCCGCUACACCUGGCUGCCCGCUUCGCCCACCCGGUGCUGGUGGAGUGGCUGCUCCGAGAGGGCCACGCAGCCACGCUGGAGACGCUGGAGGGGGCCCUGCCGCUGCACCACGCCGCUGUCAGCGGGGACCUGACCUGCCUGAAGCUCCUGGCGGCUGCCCACCGCAGCGUGAACCGGCGGACACGCAGCGGCGCCUCCCCGCUGUACCUGGCCUGCCAGGAGGGCCACCUGCACCUGGCCCAGUUCCUGGUGAAGGACUGCGGCGCCGACGUGCAUCUGCGCGCCCUGGACGGCAUGAGCGCGCUGCAUGCUGCCGCCGCCCGCGGACACUACUCUCUAGUCGUCUGGCUGGUCACCUUCACUGACAUCGGCCUGACCGCACGGGACAACGAGGGGGCCACAGCCCUCCACUUUGCAGCUCGAGGCGGCCACACACCCAUCCUCGACCGGCUGCUGCUGCUGGGCGCCCCCAUCAUGAGAGACUCCUGGGGUGGGACCCCCCUGCAUGACGCCGCGGAGAACGGACAGAUGGAGUGCUGCCAGACCCUGGUCUCCCACCACGUGGACCCCUCCCUGCGGGAUGAGGAUGGCUACACGGCGGCAGACCUGGCGGAGUACCACGGACACCAGGACUGCGCCCAGUACCUGCGGGAGACGGCCCGGCCGGUAAGUCUCAGGGUCCCCAGUCACCCUAGCUGGGGUGAGGGUGAAGCCCCCCCCCCCGCCCCCGACAGACCAGUUAGCUAGAAAGCUCUAUGUAUACCAUGUCAUUUGCAGAAAAAAGGUUCCGGGCCAGGGCUGAGCCAGCCCCACAGGUCAGCUAGCUGGGCGCUGGGACUAGGGAUGAGCCAGCAGCCAUGACUGGGCAAUGAC